AUGGUCUUGGCGGAUGUCAUCAAGCGUUGGCAGCAGAUUAAAGGUAAAGAAGCGUUUUUGUGCACGGGAACAGAUGAGCAUGGAAUGAAGAUUCAGAGAGCUGCGCUGAAGCAUGGAAUGGAGCCAAAGGAGUUUUGCGACGGCAACUCAAAUAAAUUUCGGGAAUUAGUGGCGGCUGCCAAUAUUUCCAAUGACUUCUUCAUCCGAACGACUGACCAAGAACACAAGGACGCGGUAGCAGAAUUCUGGCUACACUUGAAGCACUCUACCCCUGAGAGUUUGGGUCUAUAUAAGGGUUCCCACGAAGGUUGGUACUGUGUCAGUGAUGAGUGUUUCUAUCCUGAAGACUUGGUGCGGCCUAGCAUUGCGCCUCAGACUGGAAAGAAGAUUAUGGUCAGCACUGAGACGGACAACGAGGUGGAAUGGGUCAAGGAAGAGACUUGGUUUUUCCCAUUAACGAAAUACAAAGACGCUCUGUUGAAGCUCUAUGACGAGAAUCCCGGUUGGAUCAAGCCUGCCCAUCGAAUGGCUGAAGCGAGAGAAUGGAUUGAGAACCAUCUUGAAGACUUAUCAGUUACAAGACCGGCUUCCAGGCUCAACUGGGGAGUAUCUGACCCCGAGGAUAAAAGUCAGACCAUAUAUGUUUGGGUAGAUGCUCUUAUCAAUUACAUAACCAAAGCUGGAUACGGAAGCAAAUGGCACACGGCAAAAGACGAUAUGGGAAUCUGGCCGGCCGACCUGCAGGUGAUCGGAAAAGACAUUUUGCGUUUUCACACAAUUUACUGGCCCGCUUUGCUCAUGGCCCUUGGAUUGCCCGUCUCAAAGGGUUAUCUUUGCCACAACCACUGGACCAUGUCCAACCGCAAGAUGUCCAAGUCACUGGGCAAUGUUGUGAACCCAUUCUUCGCCAUUCAGCGAUGGGGCAUCGACCCCCUGCGAUAUUUCCUUAUGCGCAACGCAACCUUUCACAAGGACAUGAGCUACUCUAACCAGCUGAUUGGCACCGUCUAUAUGAAGGAGCUGCAGGCAAACAUUGGUAACCUUUUCUACAGAAUCGCAAAGCCAAAGUCGUCAGUUAGGUGGUCGACCCUGGAAGCUGUGACGGCCUUUCGCGAUGGACAUUUGAACGCUUGGGCCGAGAAACACAACUCAAAUGAUUCCGAGGCAAUCUACUUCAGCUUAGAAAGCCACUUGUCCGAAAGUCCCAAGACUUUUUGCAAAGAAAUGGACGAGUAUGAUACAAGUGCCGCGAUUCGCGUAGUUUUCGAGCUGCUUAGAGAGACAAACCGCUACGUUUCGGAUACCAAGCCCUGGGAUUUAGUCAAGAAUCAAGACCCAGAGUCUCGUGUACUCUUAAACUGGGUAAUCUUCAACAGCGCAGAAGCAUUGCGCAUUGCUGGCAUCCUGCUCCAGCCCAUUAUGCCAACAAAGGCAUCAGAGUUGCUGGAUGCUUUGGGAGUCCGGCCUGAUAGACGAACCCUUGAGUUUGCUGCCAAAGGCAAGGACGCCGACUAUGGCACUGAAUCUAAGCCCGCAGAGCCGGUGCCUCGUAUGAGCAAGUGGGACACGCUGUUCCCUCCAACUGCCAGCGCAGAUCUCUCCGAUGAUGAGCUGCUAGAGCACCUCAGGGUUGCGUUACUGGAUAAGACUAGAAACAAGAUGAAUCAGAUGGCUGAGCUGCUGGCCAUGGAGGCGCGCAUGGGAGAGGAGGCCGUCGCUAAGCUACUGGCCGAAACACAUGCAGCCAAAGUUGCUGUCUCAACGAGUAAAGUUUUACUGGUUCCAUAUGAAGCCCACCAGGUGCUCACAUAUCAUGGCUGGAUGAAAGAUCCUGCUAUACAAGAGGCGACUGCAUCAGAACCCAUGACCUUGGAGGAAGAAUAUGAGAACCAGCAAUCGUGGCGGACGUCUCAUGAUAAAUUGACCUUUAUUGUCUGCGAGCCGUUAAGUGGAGAGCAACGAAGUGAUGAUGCACGGGUGAUUACAGCCAGAGUCGAUGACUCGCCAGACAAAAUGAAGGGAGACGUCAAUUUUUUCUUAUACCUGGACGACGACGACGAUGAAGAUGGUGCUGAGCAGCGAGAUGGCAGCCAUAUACGGCUGAUGGGCGAAAUAGACGUCAUGAUAGCCGGGCAACAGCAUCGCGGAAAAGGCACAGGAGAAGCAGCAGUGCGCACAAUACUGGCGUAUAUACGGAGCAAUUUGACUGGUAUACUACAGGAGUAUGCGCAAGGCGAGAAUUUAGACGGGGACAAGAUACAGCUGGUCGGUUUGAUGGCGAAGAUUAAGGAAGAUAAUACGGGGAGUAGAGGGUUGUUUAAGAAGCUUGGCUUCAGACAAGAGGGAGAGGCGAAUUAUUUUGGAGAGGUGAAGAUGGUUAUGAGUUGGGAGGAAGUUGAGGGCAUGGGCAUUGUGGAUGGAUUAGAGUAUGAAGAAGUAGCAUAUAUGGCGUGA